UGUCCUAACGACCCUCCACCCUGGACCGGAAAAGGACACAAAAUUUCAAAGAGAAACAAAACAAAAUUACAGAGAAAUGAAAGCAAAACACAGUUGGAAUUCUAAUUCUUGCACCACUUCCUACAAUUCUCAGGAAUGUUUCCCAGUUUUCCUGUACUCUGUUUUUCCCCUGUGACAACAAUUGGCCUUGUCCUCCCCUGACGUCUCGGUUGUUCAAAUCUCUCCAUCUCUAAAGGGUUACUCCAUUCAGCUAUGAUCUCCAAAACCCACAUCUUGUUUUCUCUGAUUCUGCUUUCCUCUUUCUCAUUAAACGCCAUUCAUGUUCUCUGCGAAGCCCCAGCCCCAGCCCUAGCCCCAUCCCCAGCCUCAGCCUCCGAGUCCCAAUUCAUCUCUUGUGGCUCUUCCCCGGAUGGCGAAACUGAUUUUUAUGGCCGCAAAUGGGUCUCGGAUUCAAAGUUUCUCACCUCCUCCGACAACACGAAGAGUGCAACAACGGACUACCAAGACCCAGCUCUGCCUUCCAAAAUCCCAUACAUGACAACAAGAAUCAUCAACUCUGCAACAUCAUACAAGUUCUCUGUUUCAUCCAGUAAGCGCCUUCUCUUGAGAUUCCAGUUUUACCCAUCUGUUUACGGGUCUUUGGAAAACACCAAAGCAGUUUUCGACGUAACGGCGAAUGGCCUCACCCUGCUCCGCCAUUUCAGUCCUUUCAUCACAGCCCUGGCUCUCACGCAGGCCUACAUCAUAAGAGAGUACUCGCUUGUCCCUGUACCAUCCGGCUCUCUUACCAUCACAUUCACACCUUCUUCGAAACACGAAAAUUUCUUCGCUUUCGUCAAUUCCAUCGAGAUAAUCCCCAUGGAGGACACGUUCAAGCCCGCUGACUUGAUCGGGUUCAAUGGCCAAUCAAUCGACGUCCAAGGCUCUUCGCUCCAGAUCAUGCACAGGGUCAAUGUCGGCGGAGGCUACAUUCCACCAAUAAACGACUCAGGGCUGGCCAGGACUUGGCUAGAUGACUCACCCUACUUGUUAAACUCAGCUUUCGGGGCCUCAUUUUUCAAUGGGAUCUUUCUUGGUGUUGCAAUUGAGGCUGAAAAUAAUGUCACAGUUCAACACACUUCUGAUGUGCCAGAAUUUGUUGCACCUCUCAGUGUGUACAGGACAGCAAGAUCCAUGGGGCCCGAUCCGAAAGUCAAUGAGAAAUAUAACCUCACUUGGGUUUUCCAGGUUGAUGCAAAUUUUACAUAUCUGGUUAGGUUCCAUUUCUGUGAGCUCCAAAGCACCAAGGCCAAUGAGAGAUCGUUUGAAAUUUUUAUCAACAACCAAACAGCAGAGGAGACUGCAGAUGUGAUUCAGUGGGCAGGGUCCAUAGGGAAGCCAAUUUAUAAGGAUUAUGCAACUCAUAUUAAUGAUAAAGAGGGAGAUGAGAUACUUUGGGUCGCCUUGCAUCCAAACCGGGAGCAGCAUCCUCAGUAUUAUGAUGCAAUUCUUAAUGGACUAGAGAUCUUUAAGGUCAAUGACACCCAUGGGAACCUUGCAGGUCCAAAUAUUAUGCCCUCAAAGAUGCUUCUUAACGCUGACGCUGCAGCCAGGAGUUUUAUGCCAAAUUUACUCUAGACCUUGAUGUUGGGGGAUUUUCUGGAAAUGGAUCCCCUUUUGAUUCAUAUACUUAACUUCAACUAUUUUGAUUCCAAAUUUCCAGGGUUUCAAAGUAUAUAAGUGUGAUACUUUUUUUUUAAUGCAAUUUAUCGGCCACAUUACAUGUAAAGAACAAGCAUACAAUAGUCGACUAUGAUAGUAAAAUCUAUUUCAUUUGCACCAUAAUUUAUUUUUUUUGGUGACAAAGAACUUCAAUAUCCUUUGUUUCUAUCUUAAUAACAAUAUUGGAAC